AUGGUGAGCGCGAGGAGACGGGAUGAAACUGUGCUUUUUGCGUGCACACGGCGCGGCGGCGGCAAGACAGGGCCAGGUAUACUACUCGCGCUAAGGUCGGAAUACGAAACAAAAAGAAAAAGGAAAAAAAAGAAAGGGAAAAAGAAAGCGGAGGAAGAGAAGCAGGCGAAGGGCCUAGGGAACGACUUUACGACGCAGUUUCCAGAUCCCGAUACGCCCCUGGUGCCUAUUGCAUCCGGGGCCCGUGCACAAGGUGCCCGGCGGGGCCCCUGGGCUCGCGUUCACGAUACGUAUCCGCGAUACAUCGAGAAGGUGAUACGCGCUCGCGCUCGCACACGAGUUGGUAUGUUGGUGCGUUUCGUGGUGGAGGGCAACGGAGGUGGAGGUGUGUCGACAAUCAAGAUUACGUGGGCGGAUACACGCGCGGCCCAGCGCCGGCGGCCUGGCAGCCCUUGGCGCCUGCUCGACGACGAUGUUACCUGCCUGCUUCGCAUGUCGAUUUUACCGAAACCUGAAAAGGCAGAGACGACAAAGAGAAGCGGCGUAGUUUCUGUGUUACAACCGGAACUCGAAAGGCGAAGACUUGGUAAACGUCGCACGUACAAAACCUACGAAGGGACGUAUCCUUGUAUAAUUGAAUCCUACGGAUUAUCCAGCAGCUCCACAGCGAUUGGAACACCCGGUAACGGCAGCGGGGGUGGAGGCGGAGGUGGAAGCGGUAGUGGAGGUAGCGGAGGUGGUGGAGGUGGGACUACCGGCAACGGGACUUCCGGUAGUGAUUUUCUACGUAGAAGUCAUCCCCUCGCGGAACAUACGGCCCUACAUCCCGCUUACCGGAUCAACUACAUGGACCAUCUCUACCAUCAGCUCCAGGCCUCCACACACAGUCCCAACGCCUCACUACACGGACUGGGUGGUUUGGGGCCCGAAUACCUCUUACACGCAGGUCCUGCCAGCACCCUCGCAUCGUCCGAAUUCCCGUUCUCCAUUGAUGUUUCAGCAUCGUCGCGAUUAGGAAGUCCGCGAGCCUCAGCGAUCAGAGCGAGUCGGAAAAGAGCACUCAGCAGUUCACCGUAUUCGGAUAGGUUCGACAUCGACAGUAUGAUUCGAUUUAGUCCUAACAGCUUGGCGUCAAUCGUCAACGGUUCGCGAAGUAGUAGCGCGAGUGGAAGCUAUGGACAUCUUUCUGCUGCAAUGAGUCCAGCAUUAGGCAUGCAUCCCGCCAGCAUGACGCCACACCUGCAGCAGUUACAAGCUCACCUUUUGAGUCGCGCGGCCGCGGUGGCGCUUUUACCACACACGCAUCCCCUUCAGCCACCCGCACCACCGCCGCCACCGCCGCAUCCUCAUUCUCACCCUCAUGCUCACGGACUGUCCCCUCAUUCGCAAUUGUACCCCGGUGUGCCACCUCAUUCCACGUCGUCGGCGACGCUCAGUCCGCACGGAGCCGGAUUGCCCCCGAAAAGUGAGAGCGUAGAGUCAUGCAGGAAAGCAUCGGAAUCAUCAUCUCGCUCGGUGACAGCCGAGGCCGAUACUUCCUCGAGACGGGCCGCCACCAAAGUCAAGAGGGAACCAGCGACGACGACAACUAACGCAACCACCACUACCGCCCCACCGACUCAUCCUCAAGGUCUUAGUCCAAGCGAGGACCUCAGAGAUGAACCUGGUGACUUCAUCGAAACGAAUUGUCAUUGGAGAGACUGUGGUCUCGAGUUUCCUACGCAGGAUGAUCUCGUGAAACAUAUCAACAACGAUCAUAUACAUGCCAACAAGAAGAGCUUUGUUUGUGGUUGGGAGGAAUGCUCGAGGGAUGAAAAACCCUUCAAGGCUCAGUACAUGUUGGUCGUGCACAUGAGAAGACAUACGGGUGAAAAACCACACAAGUGUACCUUCGAGGGUUGCUUCAAAGCCUACUCGCGGUUGGAAAAUCUCAAGACUCAUCUCAGAUCUCAUACUGGCGAGAAACCAUAUACUUGCGAGUAUCCAGGUUGCAGCAAAGCUUUCAGCAAUGCCAGCGAUAGAGCGAAACAUCAAAACAGAACGCACUCCAGCGAGAAACCGUACAUUUGUAAAGCUCCCGGCUGUACGAAGAGGUAUACCGAUCCAUCGUCGUUGAGGAAGCAUGUCAAGACCGUUCACGGUGCCGAAUUUUAUGCAAAUAAGAAGCAUAAAGGCGGCGGUGGUGGUGAUGGUGGUGGCAGCGACGAGGCUGGUGCAGGAGGUAACAGUCCCAGUAGGAGUGAGGAUCUGCCUCCAAAGACACCCAGUCUCUCGAGUCCUAGCGUCAAGUCCGAAAGUGAAGCGAACAGUCCGCCAGGCAUCAUGCAGCAGCAGGGUAGUCCGCUGGUGGGUGGUUGUAAUGACGAAGUCGCGGGAAUUGGCGCUCUUACCGGCGACGGAAUCGCCCUUACUGAAGAACCAUGGAACGAAGAGCCCGAUGAUUUGGAUAUAGCCGAUCUCCCUAUAGCGCUGCGUGCCAUGGUCGGCGGUAUGGAAUCGCAACAACAAUUGCAAGUACCGGCGCCCACGUCAAGAAAUCGCCUGAAAGGAAGACUGAACGCCAAGGGUAUGCCGAACAUGCCGAUCGUAGGCGUAGCAAACAUGCGCGGGAUUCGCGGAGUUGCACCUCAGGGUAAUAUCGGUGAUCUCAAUAAAAGGAUCACCGAUUUGAAAAUGGAAGGUGGUGGUGGUGGUCAGACGCGGCAAACAAGUCUGUCUGAUCUUCAAUUGAGAUUGCAGCCGUUCGGUGAGCCGCGAAGGGACAGUAAUAGUACCGUCAGCACUUAUUACGGUAGCAUGAGAUCGACAGAUUUCAGUAGCAGAAGAAGCAGCCAAGCGAGCGUCGUUAACGCCGUCAGAAUGGGCCCAGGAUCAGAAAGCUUAUACGAUCCGAUCAGUCCGGGCACGUCCAGACGAAGCAGCCAGAUGAGCACAGCUUCUAGCAGAAUCGAUCAAAAUCAUUUUCAGGGACCUUACUCGACGAAUAAUCUCGUUGUUCAAACGCAGAACAUGUCCCUUCAGAAUAUUCAAGCAAUGCCAAGCGACUGGAAUAAUCCGAGCGGUCAUUGUACUCAGCCAUCGAGUGAUAGACGAAUGUCCGAACCUAUUCGUAGUAAUCCAGCCCAAAGGACUUCUCCUCCAAUCCCGCCCAGGCCGAGGUCUGCACAAUUGCCCGAGCUUCAGCCUGAGCUUCAUCCCAAUCAGGAAGUAAUUUUGGACGAAGUGGGUGAAGGAGAAAUGGUAGAGAACAAACUGGUUAUUCCCGAUGAAAUGAUGCAGUAUUUGAAUCAGGUUCAAGCGGGCGGAAAUCAAGUCAGCUAUCGCGGCAGUCCUUUACCGAUUUGCCAAUCCCCGAUAUGUACAAAUCCUCUGCAUUACCAGCGACAGAUGCAACCCACGUGUAAUUAUAAUCAGUCACAUCAGCAGAACUGUUAUUCCUCUCAACAAGUGGUACAACAACCCUGUCCGAAUUAUCAGAAUCCCUCUUCUGCAUCUUACGGCCAAUGUCCGAAUUCACGUACAACUCAGCCUCCGUCGCAGUAUUGCCCGCCGCCUAAUUAUGGGUCUCAAGUGACAGGCGGACAAGUGGCAAGCCCAGCUGCGGGUCAAGUCAUGUCACCGAGUUCCCAUUAUACUUCGACUCAUGUGAGCGAUCAACCAUUGACAUCCCCUGCAGCUGGCGCUCUGGCACCACAACAUGCGCCACAAAAUCUGCCCCAGAACUCCGCUCAACUCUCCAGAAAUUGUCCUCAGAGCCAUGCACAUGCUUACUAUCCCAGUUACGGUUGCGCGAAUCAAAUGAACGCGAACUGCAAUGGCACCGGUGGCCAAACCGGUGGUCAUCAUUCUAAUCAGACCUGCACACAAUCUAAUCACGCUGCACAGAUGCGGUUAACGAACAACUGUCAACAAUUGUCGCCGCAUUGCACUCAACAAUCCGCACCCAUACCCAAUCCAUCGAAUAUUGCUCAUCCGAGUGCUCAGUGUAGUCAGCCGUCCGGUCAGUGUACAAGGCCUAUCGUAACGUCCAACGGUCAAAUACCCAACGUACACUCUGCCCCAUCUCCGGUGACUAAUCAGUGCAGUCCGAUGUCACCUCAUUGUUCUCAAUUGAACCAUGCGAAUCAAAGCAAACCGAUCAAUACACUUGCGACAAAUCUUCAAAGCUGUCAACAGCAAACUCAACAAUCGGCCACAGCGUCCUGCUUGCAGGUCAACAAUUGUAUUCAUCCCAGUGGGGCGCAUCGUCAAGUCAACGACGGUGGCGGAGGUUCAAAGAGAACGUCACCACAACUUUGUAACACUCAACAAACUAACUGCAGAAUGCAACAACAACAACAAACCUGCACGCAUAAUUGUCAAACCAAUACGAAUCCUCCGGCUCAAUACAAUUGCAAUUGCGCAUGGACUUACGGAAAUCAAUGUUAUCACGGUCAACAUGGUGGAUCGUUACCGGAGAUACAAUGCAGAGAUAUUAGCCAAUCGCAACAAGGCUCACCGAUAAAGCCGCCUCAAGGUAUGAGACAAGACUCCUACCGCAGAACAUUGGAGUACGUUCAGCAAUGUAGGAACUGGUCCAUUAACGCUCAAACCCAUGAGACCAACGUCUCCAGCUCGACGCAUCCUAUGUCGUUGCCACAACCUUUGCCAGCUAGUGCCAACAUGGUUGUCAAUGACAUGACAUCUUCGCUUAGUUCUUUACUAGAAGAAAACAGAUAUUUACAAAUGAUUCAAUGACCCAUGUCUACUAACCAGAAAUAUCAAUUUAAUUCCACUAUCGAUCGAUAAAACAGUUGCGCUUAAACAAUUUUUUACUUGAUU